CCCCGAACAUGACUGACGAAGAGAGCGAAUUUCUCCUUCCCAAAAGAUGCCUUGAUUUUCUGAAUAAGUGGCGUUACUGUGCUUCAGCUUACAAUCAAUUUCAUCAGUACUACAUAUUUGGAAGAUUCAAGAAUUGCAGUCAAAUCAAAACUAAUUUCAAGAAUUGUGUCAAAUGGAGGACGUUUAAGUCUGAAGAGGCUAAGGUUGCUUUAAUAGAGGCUUUGAAAAGAGAGAAAAGUGAAGAUAUGAGGCUCGAUGGACUCAAUGACGUGGAGCCUGUAUGGGAUGUGAGGACUGAACCACCUAGAGAAUGGAACGAUGAUGUUGAAGGGAACGAUGACGUCGAAGGGACGACUGCUGACACAUAGUUUGUAUGUAAAAGCACAGUAUGAAAGAUUUAUUUUCUUUCGAAUCCCAACUAAAUUAUGCAUAUGUAAUAGAUGGUUUUCCAGGCUAUAGACUAGCAGACUUUCUCCUGGGUGUUUUAUUUCAGACAGCCUAGAGAAUUUGCUGUAAAUGAUGUAGAACAAAUGUCUCGGA